AUGGCUGAAGAAGCCAAGGAACAGAAGAUGACCGCAACUAUCGGGAAGCCACCGGAGUUCCAGGCGGACAGCGGAAACUUCGAGAUUUAUCUGGAACGCUUCGAGCUGUUCGUCGCAGCCAAUGACAUCGCAGAAGAAAAGAAACUGCAAGUCUUCUUGACGGCUAUCGGUGAAAAAGCUUACACCGUCCUCCGGAGCCUGCUUCUGCCGAAGACGCCGAACAAGGUAUCGUACCAGGAAGCUGUCAGCAUCCUUCAAAAACACUACGCACCUAGACGUUCAUUGGUCACAGAGCGCUUCCGUUUCAAUCGACGAAACCAAGGGCCUCACGAGACCGUGACUGACUUCGCCGUCGAACUGAAGAAGCUCGCAGCGACAUGUGAGUUCGGCGCUUUCCUCGAGGAAGCUCUACGCGACAGACUCAUAGCGGGUCUGCACGCCGACACCAUACGCUGUCGUCUUCUCGCAAUGCCCGACACAGAACUCACCUGGGACCGUGCAUGCAGCAUAGCUACGGCCAUGGAAACGGCGGCUCAAGACACAAAGGAAAUGCUGACGUCAAGCAACGCGGGACAAUCUUCGAACGCCGCGGACGUCAACUGGCAACAAGCACCGGCACCUCCGCGUCGGACAGCGACGACGAACGCGCCGACCAAGUCAAGGGGGCACGGAAAAAAAGCAACGAAAGCUGUGGAUCAAAGGACUAAAAAACCGUGUCACCGGUGUGGAGAACAACACUUACCUGCACGUCCCUGCCACUCUGGAGCUCCGCAGCCAAGUCAUCCUCCCAACUAUGGCCAGCGCCCCUACCAUGACACAUCCAGACCCCAAUUCAGCUAGGGGACAGGUGACCGCGCGACCACUUGUUUGACCCUGUGUCUUUCGCCAGCG